CUAAAAUUUGAUUGUUUUUGUCCAGGAGGAUGCCGUCUUGAAGCUCCCAUUUUCAUUGUUGGCCACAGCGUGAGGGAGAUUUGGCUUCCCUUUUUCUUAAAAGUUGGGAGAGUUCUUUUGUAGGGAAAGGAUUCCCAACCCGGAACCACCCACCUCCCACAUUGUUAAAUCAAAAGUUUUGAGAGAUCUUUUGUGGGAAAAUGUCGUCUCUUUUACCUUUUUCGGUUGCUGUACACGGCUGGUUUUCGUUGUAGCUGGUUUUUUCGCCAUUUAAAGCUCUCUCUGGGUCAGCUCUUUUGAAGACGAAUCUUUACUUUCUCGAAGCUUGGAGGAGCUGGUGGUUGGAAAGGGCCUCACAAACUCGCCGGAGUUGGUUCAAGGUUUCCAGCUUCAGAGAUCCUUGUUUCUGGUUGAAAAGUGGGUGGUGGUAGUUUCUUCAGUCGGAAAAACUUUCCCAUUUUGACAUUUGCGGUUGAGGUUACCUUACUGCUGUGGAGAGGUGAAGCAAAGGCAUUACUACAGUACUAUGAAGCUUUUGAGGUUGUUAGUUUUGUCCCUCCUGUUCCUAUCUGCCAUGGGGCAGCUCCCUUCACAGGAUAUCUUAGCGUUGCUUGAGUUUAAGAAGGGUAUCAAGCAUGACCCAACUGGGUAUGUUCUCCAGUCAUGGAACGAGGAGUCAAUAGACUUCAACGGCUGCCCUUCUUCUUGGAAUGGCAUAGUAUGCAAUGGGGGAAAUGUCGCUGGAGUUGUUCUAGAUAACUUGGACCUCGCUGCAGAUGCAGACUUGAGUGUUUUUGCCAACCUCACAAUGCUUGUUAAGCUCUCCAUGGCAAACAACUCCAUAACGGGCCAGAUUCCUGUAAACAUUGGUGACUUCAGGAGCCUCGAGUUCCUUGAUCUUUCCAACAAUCUCUUUUCUUCAUCCCUGCCCCCUGGGGUUGGUAAAUUGGCGAGCUUAAGGAACCUCUCUUUAGCUGGGAAUAACUUCUCUGGUUCUAUUCCUGAUUCAAUCUCUGGGCUUUCAUCCAUUCAGUCCCUGGACUUGAGCCACAACUCGUUUUCUGGGGUAGUACCAGUGUCACUGACCAGGCUUAAUAGCCUGGUUUUCCUAAACAUGUCUUCUAACAGGUUUAUGAAGAAAAUCCCCAGAGGGUUUGAACUGAUUUCGAGUCUACAAGUGCUUGACUUGCAUGGAAACAUGUUUGAUGGUCGUCUUGAUGGGGAGUUUUUCCUUCUAACAAAUGCCAGCCAUGUAGAUUUCAGUGGGAAUAUGUUGGGUGGUUCUAGUUCAGGGAAAUUAUUGCCAGGUAUAUCUGACAGUGUCAAGUACUUAAACUUGAGUGGCAAUCAGCUUACUGGUUCACUAUUGAGUGGAACCGAGUUGCGCUUGUUCUCUAGCUUGAAAGUGUUGGAUUUGAGCUACAAUCAGCUAUCUGGAGAGCUGCCUGGAUUUGAUUUUGCUUAUGAGCUGCAGGUCCUCAAACUCAGCAACAAUAUGUUCACUGGAUUUGUCCCCAAUGACCUAUUGAAAGGAGAUUCACUACUUCUCAAUGAGCUUGACUUGAGUGGAAACAAUCUAUCAGGAUCAAUAACUGCAAUUAUGUCAACAACUCUGCGUGUGCUUAAUCUCGCAUCGAAUGGACUCAAGGGGGAACUUCCUUUGUUAACAGGAGGCUGUGGUGUUCUUGAUCUAUCAGGCAACCAAUUUCAGGGAAAUCUCUCCAGGAUACUGAAAUGGGCAAAUGUUGAAUACCUUGAUCUCAGCAAGAAUCGUUUGACAGGGCCAAUUCCUGAGGCAGCCCCUCAACUCUUGCGUUUGAAUUAUCUCAACCUGUCCUACAACUCUCUUACUGGCUCUCUCCCAAGAGCUAUUACCCAGUUUCCAAAGAUGAGGGUCCUGGAUCUAACUUCCAACCAGUUAGAAGGCCCACUGUUGACUAAUCUUUUGACUUUGCCUACUCUGCAAGAACUUCACCUUGGCAACAAUGCACUCAGUGGUGCCAUCGACUUCCCUCCUCCCAAUACUAAAUCCAACCUUCAAGUUCUCGACUUUUCUCACAAUCGUCUUGAUGGGUAUUUCCCUGAUCGGUUCGGGUCACUGACAGGACUUCAACAGCUCAAUCUUGCAGGAAAUAACAUUUCUGGUUCUCUACCAACUUCCAUGUCUGGCAUGAGUUCACUUACCUUGCUUGAUUUGUCGCAGAAUCACUUCACAGGUCCUAUACCCAGCAACUUGUCGACAGCCCUUGCAAGCUUCAACGUUUCCAACAAUGAUCUUUCAGGGGUUGUCCCAGAGAACUUAAGGACAUUCCCUACCUCUUCAUUCUACCCUGGAAACACCAAAUUAACUCUCCCAGGCGGCCCUCCUGGAUCAAGCAAUGCCCCAGCUGAAAAAUCGAGGAGGAAACCAAUCAACACAGCAGUAAAGAUAGUAGUAAUAGUUUCCUGUGUGAUUGCAGUAAUCAUUCUCAUAAUGCUUGCCGUCUUCAUCCAUUACAUCCGCUUAUCAAGCCGAUCUUCGGCAGACGAAGUCGCCGGGAAAGCCAUCGGGAGCCGCCCGGGGAGCAAGAUAUCCGGUGUUGGCGGGAGCAGCGGGGGCGGUGGACCGUUAGUUGUUUCUGCAGAGGAUCUGAUGUCAGCUCGCAAACCAUCAUCAUCCGAAAUCCUCAGCCCCGACGAGAAACUGGCUGCUGUAACUGGAUUCUCACCUUCAAAGCACAGCCGGGUGUCCUGGUCACCGGAGUCAGGAGAGUCGCUGCCUUCUGAAGCCCUUGCGAGACUGGAUGUUCGAUCACCUGAUCGGCUAGUUGGUGAGCUGAAUUUCCUCGAUGACAGCAUUGCAUUGACCCCCGAGGAGCUGUCGAGAGCCCCUGCUGAAGUAUUGGGCAGGAGCAGCCAUGGCACUUCCUACAGAGCUACUCUGGAUAACGGCGUGUUCUUGACUGUGAAGUGGUUGAGAGAAGGCGUGGCCAAGCCGAAGAAGGAUUUCGCCAAGGAGGCGAAGAAGUUCGCCACUAUCAGACACCCGAAUGUGGUGGGAUUGAGAGGAUAUUACUGGGGGCCGACGCAGCAUGAGAAGCUCAUUCUUUCAGACUACAUCUCGCCGGGAAGUCUCGCAAGCUUUCUCUUUGAUCGGCCAGGCAGAAGAGGCCCGCCACUGACAUGGCCACAGAGGCUGAAGAUCGCAGUGGACGUUGCACGCAGCCUGAACUACCUCCAUUUCGACCGUGCAGUUCCACACGGCAACCUCAAGGCCACCAACGUCCUCCUCGACGGUCCAGAGCUCAAUGCACGAGUCUCCGACUACUGCCUCCACCGCCUCAUGACACAAGCAGGCACCGUGGUCCAAAUCCUCGACGCGGGCGUGCUGGGCUACCGCUCCCCCGAGCUGGCUGCUUCGAAGAAACCUGCUCCGUCGUUCAAGUCGGACGUGUAUGCGUUCGGGGUGAUCGUGCUGGAGCUGCUGACGGGAAGGUGUGCAGGGGACGUGAUCUCGGGGGAAGAAGGUGCGGUCGACUUGACGGACUGGGUCAGGCUGAGGGUGGCGGAAGGGAGAGGGACAGAGUGCAUCGAUCCAUCAAUGGUGCUGGAAAUGGGGAACGCGGGAGUGGAGAAAGGGAUGAAGGAGGUGCUUGGGAUUGCGUUGAGGUGCAUUCGGUCGGUUUCUGAGAGGCCAGGUAUCAAGACCAUUUAUGAAGAUCUCUCUUCCAUAUGAUGAACAGUCGUCCUUUUUCUUCUUCUUCUUCUUCUGCAGUGUAGUUUUAGUUAUGGAGUUGGUGUUUUGUUUUCUGCAAUGUUGUUGGUGGGGAGGUUUUAAUGACUCGUUGGGCCUCUCCUAUGGAAGGAAGCAAAGAGAGUGUUUAGGGGAAUAUUUUGGUGGGUUGUGUAAUGUUUUGGUUAUGUGAUGAUUUUAGGGUAGUGGGAUGUGGUUAGUUUAUGGUAAUGGGGGUUUUGGCGACUGCCUUUGGUUGCCUGCUAAUUUGUAUUAACAACAACCAUUGGGUGUAAAGAUGGGAGAAGUGGAGGAAUUUGUCAAUGCAUGCAAAGGGGUUUUUGAGAUUUUGUGAGAUGUUGACAUGGCAUUGAUCUGAUCAGGUGAGCAAUAUUUAUAAAAUUUUAUCAUAUUGAUGGUUCGAUC